AUGGACGACGAACAGCGUCCUCCGCGUCGUCCAUCACCAGCAGUCAAUCAACUUGUCGGCAAUCUUGCCAGUUUCCCGCCGCUAUCAGAUUCUUCUGCUUCUUCCGUUCCUCUUGUUGGUGUUACAGGCAUAGCGGGGGACCCUCGAUUUCGUGCGCCUAAUGAACAACAACACCACCACCAACACCAACACCCCUCCUCCCUAAGCCGAGCAGGAGGAGGCACCGCCAAAGUGGCCAUCCCCAGGGCUGCGAAUCUGGUAGAGCAGGCAAACUUAAACAAACGGGUUGGUCAUGCCUGUGAAUCUUGUCGAGACCAAAAGACCAAGUGUAGUGGCGAUCGUCCAACAUGUCAGCGGUGUCAAGACCUUGGCCUGACCUGUCUUUAUGGUGAUCGCAAGCGAGAACGAACAGCAAAGCAACUCAGAGAUCUUUCGAAGCAGGUGCAAGAAUAUGAACAACUUUUCUGUGACUUGCAACCAAAACUUGAUUCCGACGACAGUCAACUCGUCCAAGACCUCUUGUCUAAAUAUAAGCUUGAUGGAGAUGGACCCUUGGUUGAAGAAACAUCAACAACACCCGUGACUCGAUCUGGUCCAUCGGAAUCGGGUCAUUCGGAAGCAGACUUUUCUACAGGAUACCCGGCCGCGCGACCCAUUGUGAUCAGCUUCCUGAGCGGUGCCGACUACACGGAGGAAGACUUUAACCGCAAUGAACGUUCCAAAGCCCUCGGUUUCGUGGGGAAACACUCGGAGACCUCGUGGCUAUACCAUCUCAAGCGCGAUCUGGAAUCCAACGCCUCGCCCUUGCCUACAAGCAGCGACGCCAACCCAUCGAGCGUACCGGAUGAUCAGGAUCGUAACGCGAUUGCGUCCGUGACUUACUUUUUAGACGACGAAGAUAUCCCUAUCCUCGAGGACGCGGAACCAUUGGCUCGACCACCACAGGCUGUUGCGAAUAGUUUGGUGCAGAACUUCUUUACCACCGUGCAUCCGACGUUCCCCAUCAUAGUGCCGGAGACAUUUGUUCGCCAGGUGAAUACGUUCUACACAAGUUCCUUUGUUCGGCCUGGUCGUAGAUGGCUGGCUAUCUUGAAUCUGGUAUUUGCGACAUCGUCGCGAUGUUUCCAUCAUCAGAUGCAGCCGAAUUCGACGGUGGCAAAUGAUGAGACUUUAUUGUACUUUUCACGUGCGUGGAAACUUGGCAUGCAACCUAAUGCGCUUCUGGAUCAUCCGGAUUUGCAGCAAGUGCAAAUUGAGGGAUUGCUGGCGAUAUUUUUGCUAGCAUUAGGACAUGUCAAUAGGGCAUGGAGAAUAUGCGGCAUUGCGAUCCGCUCGGCUACUGCGAUGGGCCUAAAUCUACGCAGCGAGAGCAACUACGUGACACUACCGUCAAAAGAAUCGCGCUACAAAGUCUGGUGGUCUCUCUACACCCUCGAGACCAUCCUCGGUAACAUGACCGGUCGACCUUUGAACCUGGACAGCGACUUUUGCACCACUCCGUUACCCGUCCCCUUUGAGGAACACGAAUACAACGAGGCAGAGGUGAUACGAAUCAUGACAGACCACAAAACCCGAAACAAUCUUCUCGCACAUGUCAUUACGCGGCCCGUUGGGGAGAUGCCGGCAGCAGGGGAUGUGCAAUCCGUUCGAAACGCGAUGGAUAUACUAAACCCGAACAUGGCGCUCUACUUUGUAUGCUACGUUGAUCUUACCCGAAUCAUGCGAGAGAUCGUGGAGACUCUAUACGCCCCCGAGAUCGUCCAGAAUUCAGCGCGGGAUGCCGAAGCCGCCAUUACAGACGCAAACGCCAAACUAGAAAAAUGGCUGUCCAAAUUACCCGCCGGAUUCCGUAUUGUGGAAGAAGGAGGAGGAGGAGGAGGAUCCCUCGUGACGCAUGAUCGAUAUAGUCUCAGUCUUGCGCUACAUUACUACAGUGCCACGAUCUUAGCCUGCAAGCCAUGUCUACAUUACUUUGAUAAGCCGUCCAGCUCUUCCUCCGGAGAUAGCAGUUUCUAUACCUACGUCGCCGCUUCCUGCGUCCAGGCCGCCUGCCGGAUGUUAGAUCUCUUCCCGGCCGAGUUUGAUGGUACAUGGUUAAACCAAGUCGCACCCUGGUGGUGCAUGCUCCACUACACCGUGCAAGCCACUGCCGUUCUUCUAAUAGACUUCUCGCUUUGCCAUCCCGGAUCCAUCCCAGAGGCCUCAAUACAGGCGCUGGAAAAGGCGGCAAGUUGGCUGAAUGAGAUGGCGCGAAUAGAUUUGGCUUCUCGACGUGCUUGUGUUGUUUGUGGUGCGUUGUUGGCGAAGCUUUCGGGGGUGGUGGGAAACAGGGCUGGUGUUGCUGAAGAGGCGGUUGGAUCUCGUUCUGAAGACGAGACGUGA